AUGGCCGUGGUCAAUUGGGCGAUGGCCAUUGCAGUUGCUCUCAUUGGCAUGUCCAUUCUUUACCGUCAGGCUCUCCCUCAGCCCAUUGCAGGGAUCCCAUACAACCGCGAGUCCGCAACCAGGCUCAUGGGGGAUAUGCCCCUCAUGCUGGCGAUGAAGAAGAAUGGCGGCAUCGUGCGGAGCUUCUUCCCAUGGCUCUUCACCACCCAGAAAGCUCCCGUGGUCCAGUUCUUCCGCGGCCCAUUCUUUGCACCCGUCGUCGCCGUUGGUGAUUAUACAGCGGCUUAUAACCUCCUUGUCAAGCACGGCAAAGACUUCACCAGGGGCUAUACGAUGAAGGCAAUGUGGCGCGGUAUCGCACCUGGGCAUUUUGUUGGCAUGGAAGCCAGCGAUCCAGCCCAGAAGGCAGCAAGGGAGCUUACUAAAGAUCUGAUGACACCCAGCUUUCUCCAUGAGGUUAAUGCACCAGCGUCUUACUCCAAGAUCUUGCAUUUCGUUGAGUUCUGGCAGCGCAAGAUGGCACGCUCGGAUGGUCGUCCCUUUGACGCUGGGCUAGACUUGCAUGCUCUGAUCUACGACAUCAUCAUGGCAGCAGCGACAAACAUCAAUCAGAGCAACAGCCAUAUCGGUCAAGCUGCUGCAAAGAAUGCCCAUGAACCUGUCACCACCCUAGUCACUGAGGAGAAGGACACAAGUAUCUCGUCAGACAUUGAGGUUGACGACUUACUACAGUCGCUCAACGUGCUUUCCGAGAUGGCUGGGCGGUCACUGACCCAGCUUUUCCCUCGACUUUUCUACUUUUUGGAAAACCGCAAGUCAGAAGUCCGGAAGGCCUUCCGCGAUCGAGACUCAAUCAUCUCCGGAUACAUUUCAGACUCUGUGCGGCGCAUGCACGAGGCUGGGGGCAGCGAGCAGUUCUCUCCACUGUCGGCAGUAGACUUUAUCGUGAAGCGGGAGGCCAUGGCUGCCCAGCGCGACGGGCGAGCUCCCUCGUUCUUCACCGACACCAUCAUCCACAUCGUCUUUGGGUAUCUGCUCGCCGGCCACGACACGACGCACUCGGCCAUCUCUUUCAUGGUCAAGCACCUCGGCUCGUCUCAGGACGAGCAGCAGACCCUGCGCCAGGAACUGCGGAAGGCCUUUCCCGCCGCGCUCGAGGGCAACAGGCAGCCUUCGAUGCAGGAGAUCAUUGACGCCCACAUCCCAUACCUGGAUGCCACGAUUGAAGAGGUCCUGCGCAUGCACCCACCUGCCUUUGGAACAUCGCGCCUGGCAAUGAAGGACAUCCAGGUCCUCGGCCACACGAUACCCAAAGGCAGCCCCGUCUUUAUCGCAAUGACCGGUGCUACCUACACGGAGCACGGGUACCGUGCAGAGGGCGCCGCUACCGGGAGUGUCCAGCAAGGUACUGUCUCGGACUGGGGACAGAGUGCUUUCCCUGCCGGUGACUUCCACCCGGAGCGCUGGCUGACAGAGUCUGAGACGGGUGUCGUCUCGUUCAAUCCCAAAGCCGGCCCCAUGUUGUCGUUCAGCGCGGGCGGCAGGGCCUGCUGGGGAAAGAAACUGGCCUACAUGGAACUGAAGCUGGUCGUCAGUGUGCUUGUGUGGAAUUUUCAGUUCGACCGGCUGCCUGCAGAACUCGAGGACUGGAAACUCGCGGAGACGCUCACUAUCAAGCCAAAGACGUGCCGGGUCAUCCUGAGUGAUGCGGGGGACAAACAGUAG